AUGUUUCUGCGCCCGCUGCAGCUGGCACUUGCCCUUAUCCUGCUUGGUCAGGUCCUCGCCGCGUCCAACUACUAUUCCCUUCUUGGGUUGAAGAAGGACGCGAGCGAUGCGGACCUUAAACGCGCAUACAGAAAACUCUCCAAGAAGUACCAUCCAGAUGUGAACCCGGACGAGAGCGCGCACGAGAAGUUUAUCGAGGUGUCGAAGGCGUACGAGGUGUUGUCUGAAACCGAGACGCGCCAAAUCUAUGACCGCGGAGGCGAGGCGGCGCUGAAGCGGCACGAGGAGCGCAAGGCGGCGGCACAGCACGACCCGUUCGCGCAGUUCUUUGGCGGUGGUCGCAACGAACCUCCACGAGGGCCAAGCGUCCAGCUCAACCUUGAGGUAUCGCUCUCGGACAUGUACUCGGGGCGGACAGUCGAGUUUAACAUUCCUCGUCGGUUCAUCUGCUCUAAAUGCAGCGGUAGCGGCGCCAACUCGCCGUCGGACGUUCACCGCUGCGGCACAUGUAAUGGACAGGGUGUGGUGAUUCAGAAGCACCAGGUGUUCCCCGGCAUGUUUACGAAUGUGCAGAUGACAUGCCCACAUUGCGGUGGAAAGGGCGAGCAGAUCACGAAGCACUGCAGCGACUGUGGCGGCGCACGCACAGUGGAGAGGCAGCACACGCUGGCGGUCCACGUCCCGGCGGGCGCGCCAGAGGGGUACGAGGAGCGGUUCCAGGGCGAGGCGGACGAGAGCCCAGACUUCGAGCCCGGGGACGUGAUCGUUCACGUGCGCUCCACGCCGCAGACGAACAAGGGGUGGACGCGUAAGGAGUCGGGUCUGGUGGGGAGGAUCACGCUCAGUGUGGUGGAGGCACUGCUCGGGUUCGAGCGCAACCUCACGAGCCUGGACGGGCGGACUAUCCCAGUCGGGCGUGCUGGAACCACUCAGCCGGGCGAGGUCGAGGUCAUCGAGGGCGAGGGCAUGCCGUCGUACCACGACAUUCCCCAGGGCGACAUGUACAUUGAGUACAGUGUAGUGAUGCCGACGGCCGUGACGGACGGCAUGCGAAAAAAACUGGUGGACGCAUUUGGGGGGAGCGGACGGCGCGACGAGCUGUAG